CACUUUUCAGGUAGAACAAAUUACCAGCAGUACCUCUGUGACAUCAAUCACUAUCCUGUGACCAAUCAGAUCUGAGGCAGUUGCAUUGUUCUCUCCGUUUGGGAGACCACUGCUUGACAAUUCUGAGAUCCUUACCUUUGGAAUUCCAUGCAGGACAACAUGAUUUUGAAACAUUUGAAAUGGAUCUUGGUUCUACAAUACUUUAUUCAUUUCGUCGCAACAGAGAUUGCAGCUGAGAAAGCUCUCCCUGAGCCGCUCAACCUGUCAUUGAGGUGGGAAUCUGAAUUCCGUAUAAAGCUGUCGUGGAACGCACCAAAGGAUUUAGAUGCAUCAUGCAAGGUGAACUACAUGAUCACUACAACGAUCGGAGAGAGGAGACCCAAAGUAGAGACAACUUUCAAGUUGUAUAAAGAGUAUAGACUCUCUACAGAAGAUGCAGUGAAUUACACAGUGCAAACAAACCCCAAACACUGUACAGGUAGAACCAUAAGCAAACCUGUCAGCAAAUCCAUCACUAAACCCACAGAGUUGGUGAAGAACUUCCAGUGUUCCCUCUACUCCUCUAAGGCUAUGAACUGUAGCUGGCUCCCAGCCAAUCAGGCCUCAGACCUCCAGCUCUACUAUGGGUACCUUGGUCCCUCCCACAUAGCAGCAUGCAGUGAGUACCAGUACAGAGAUGGUCAGAGGACAGGAUGUCACCUGAGAGGAUCCUUCCUUCAAUAUGACGUCUACUUCAAGGUCAAUGGGACUCUCGAUGGCUUAUCUGUAAAGAAUAACUUCCUGGUGCUUCCUAGAUAUCAUGUCAAGCCCCCGGCCCCUAAGGUGAAGAUCACAGAGGAAGGUAGGAAUCUCAUCCUGAGCUGGGACCCUCCGGACAUAGGCGCUGUCCACUGCUGGAAUUUCAUCUUAAAAUACAACAAGUGUCAAGAGUCUCUGGGUAAGGAAAUACAAUUGGAACAUGUACCAGGGAAGGUUUCAUAUGACCAGAGAUGCCAGUACAGAGUCAAGCUUAAAGCAGUCUAUACGGAAUGGUGUGGGGAGGGAGGCAGCGACUGGAGCGAAGAGGAAAUCUAUGGCACAGAAAUAAGUUUUUCCCCCAAGAUUCCCCCGAGGACCCUAACUGCACUGCUUAAGAGUGUCCGGAGUGGGAGCUCCGCAAUCGAUCAUAGAUCAGCACUCCAACUCUGAAACCACUCAUGACUGCAAUUCUUCCUCUCUCUAUACCUCUCUCUUUCCUUUCUUCUGUGCUGCUCAAGCAGCUCUGGAUUUCUGUGCUUCUCCACCCUAGCUUUUGAUGCAGCCUUCUUUCUUUUCUGCCAAGAUAACAAGAAGUUUAGAUUAAUCAGAUUGUUCUAGAUUAUUGCACAUCCACUAAAAGGGCCAUUACACUCAAAAAAUGUAACGUUUGGCACCUUUGCACACCUCAAAAGUAGUCUUAUGUCUCAAAAGUAGACUUAAAGGGAUAGAUCACCAAAAUUACAAACGUACAUUGGAUUCCUUACCCUGUAAGCAGUCAAUGGACAAGGCAAGACAGCAGUCCAUGCUUUGGUUUAUAGCACAAAACCACUGCAAAUGGAUAUCCCCGAUUUUUAUAAGCAUUUUCACAUUCCAUGUCCAAAUCAUCCCAGUGCCAAAAAUUGAUUGUCUAGCUCAAUAAAGUUAGUUUAAGAUGAUUUGGACAUGAAAUGUGAUAUAUGCUAAUAUCACAGAUAUUCAGUUAAAUUGGUUUUGUGCUAUCAAUGUUAAAAAGAUGGAGACCGUGACCAGGUAAACAAAACCCAAGCAAGGAUUGCUGUGUUCUCUUGUUAAUAGACUGCUUACAGGGUAAGGAAGCAAGCAGAAUACUACCCUGUACCCCACUGCUGGCUUGCCUCGGAAGCUAAGCAGGGUUGGUCCUGGUCGGUCUCUGGAGACCAGAUACUGUUGGAAGUGGUGUCGGAGGGCCAGUAGGAUGCACUCUUUCCUCUUGUCUAAAAAAAAUAUAUAUCCCAAUGCCCUGGGGCAUUGCUUUGUGUAGGGUGCUGUCUUUCAGAUGGGAUGUUAAAUGGGUGUCCUGACUCUCUGUGAUCACUAAAGAUCCCAUGGCACUUAUUUUACGAGUAAGGGUGUUAACCCUGGUGUUCUGAGUAAAUUCCCAAUCUGGCGACCUAAUCAUCCCCAGUUUCCAUUAGGCUCAUUCAUCCCCCCUCUCCCCUGUAAUUAUUCCCCAGGUCAUUGCUAUAAAUGAGAAUGGCUUCAGUCAAUUUAACUGGUACAAUAAGGGUUAAAUAAAAUGAACACAAAUGACAUAUUGGUUUAUUUAACUAUCCAUUUAAAUCCACAUCCCAGGCCAUUUAUUGUGUAGACACACCUAUAUGCAAAAACCCCAAAAUGAAUGAAAAAGAUAAGCACCAAAUAAGACCUGGAAAUUAUAUGGUGUUGAUCUUUUCCUGUUGGCAUUGAGACAUACAGCUGGCUUGGGGUUUGUAUUCAUCUUGUGAAAAGGAGAAAAUAAAAACAUGUAUAAUUAUAAGAAAGUCUGGGUUUAUGU